AUUUUAUUCAGCACUCUCAAUUCUUCGCCGUCUCUCGUAGUUCAGAACUCCAUCGGCGCCGAAACAGAGAACCCGUUUCAGAUAUCAAUACUACCAUCAAAGUACUGAUUUCUAUCUCACUUUGUUCCACAAAAUGAAGGGCCAUAGUCUAAUACUAUCAACAAGCAAACAAAACCAUGCACCUCUCUCUCUUGAAGACACCAUUAAGCUGUUAAAAGUCUCAGCUGAUUCAAAGAACUUACAACUAGGAAAAAUGAUUCAUGCCCAUUUGACUAUAACGAGUGAAUCUCCCAAAAAUGAAAACAUGGCUCAAACAAACUCAUUAAUAAAUUUCUAUGCAAAAUGUGACCAAAUACCAGUUGCUCGUCAACUGUUUGAUAAUAUGCACCAAAGAAACGUGGUUUCUUAUAGCUCGUUAAUGUUGGGGUAUUUGCAUUGUGGUAUUUCGUUGGAAAAUCUUAAACUCUUAAAAAGUAUGCUUUCUGUGGAAAGUAUGAGGCCAAAUGAAUACAUUUUUGCUACAGUUCUUUUCUCUUGUUCCCAAAGCAGAAAACUUGAAGAGGGUAGGCAGUGUCAUGGGUAUGUGAUGAAGUCAGGAUUGGUGUUUCAUCAUUAUGUAAGGAGUGCACUUAUAGACUUGUAUGCAAAGUGUCAUGAUAUGGAAACGGCUAUGCAAGUUUUGAAUGCAGUGCCAGGAUAUGAUGUUUUUUCGUAUAAUUCAAUUCUAAAUGGACUUUUGGAACAUGGGUAUCUGAGGGAAGGGGUUGAGGUUUUGAGCAAGAUGGUAAGUGAGUGUGUGAGCUGGGAUACCACUACAUAUGUUAAUGCUUUUGGAUUUUGUGCUAAUCUUAAGGACUUGAAAUUGGGUUUGCAAGUUCAUGGCCAGAUGUUAAAGAAUGACGUUCAAAUUGAUGCCUAUAUUUGUAGUGCAAUGAUUAACAUGUAUGGGAAAUGUGAGAAGAUUUCAAAUGCUAGGAAUGUUUUUGAUGGGUUGGAAACUCGAAAUGUGGUCUUAUGGACAGCAAUGCUUGCUUGUUACUUUCAAAAUGGGUACUAUGAAGAAGCAUUGAAUUUAUAUUUUAAAAUGGAAGAUGAAGACAUUCAGCCCAAUGAAUUUACUUUUGCUGUCUUGCUGAACUCUGCUGCAGGAUUGUCCACACUGAGACACGGAGAUGUCUUGCAUGCACUUGUUGAGAAGUCUGGUUUUAGGGAACAUGUUAUUGUUGGAAAUGCUUUGAUCACUAUGUAUGCAAAGGUUGGCAUCAUUGAAGCAGCUUUUAAAGUAUUUUCUAAUAUGAUAUAUCGAGACACUAUAACUUGGAAUGCUAUGAUAUGUGGCUAUUCACAUCAUGGGCUUGGUAGGGAAGCUCUGCUUGUGUUUCAAGAAAUGUUGGCUUCAGAUGAAUGUCCGAACUAUGUAACUUUUGUUGGGGUUCUCUCUGCUUGUGGCCAUUUGGGGCUAGUGCAAGAAGGUUUCUACUAUUUGAAUCAGGUUAUGAGUAAGUUUGAAAUCAAACCUGGACUAGAGCAUUAUACAUGUAUUGUUGGACUUCUAAGCAAAGCUGGACUGCUUGACGAGGCUGAGAAUUUUAUCAGGUCUACACUUGUCAAAUGGGAUGUUGUUGCAUGGCGUACUUUGCUCAAUGCUUCCCUUGUCCAUCGGAAUUAUGUUUUUGCUAGGCGGAUUGCUGAAUAUAUCUUAAAGAUGGACCCUGAUGACACAGGUACAUAUACACUGCUAUCUAAUAUGAAUGCCAAGGCAAAAAGAUGGGAUGGAGUCUCAAAGAUUCGGAAGUUGAUGAGGGAAAGGAAUAUCAAGAAAGAACCUGGUGUGAGCUGGAUUGAGAUAAAGAGUGCAACUUAUGUUUUUGUUUCUGAGGAUAAUAACCACCCAGAGUCUAGUCAGAUUUAUGAGAAGGUAAAGGAACUGCUGGCUAAGAUUAAGCCAUUGGGGUAUGUACCGGAUGUUGCUGCAGUACAUCAUGAUGUGGAGGAUGAGCAGAAGGAAGACUAUCUUAGUUAUCACAGUGAGAAGCUGGCCAUAGCAUAUGGCCUUAUCAAGACACCUCUAGAAGCACCCAUCCGUGUAAUUAAGAACCUUAGGAUGUGUGAUGACUGCCAUUCAGCAGUGAAACUUAUUUCAAAGCUUACAAACAGGGAUAUAAUUGUCAGAGAUGCCAACCGUUUCCAUAGAUUUCAAGAUGGAUGUUGCUCCUGUGCAAAUUACUGGUGACAUAUUUGAGGGAAUACCAAUAAAAAAACAUAGGUUGAGCUGGAUUUAAAUAAAUAGUGUAAUCUAUGUUUUUGUUCAUGAGGAUAAUAACCACCCAGAGACUAGUCAGAUUAAAGAAGUGGGUUAAAUGACAAUACAGCAAUCUGCAAGAAGACUGGGGCUUCCAAUGAUGAAUCUUGUGAGAUUAAAUGGAACUCCCAUUUUGAAUCAACUGCAUUUGGAGGAAAAGCUGCUGCGAACAUCAUCUGACAAUUGGUGUAUCAUAAAUGAUGGAGCAGAUACUCCAGCCAUUGUCAUGGGGGUCUCUGGCCUUCAGAACUUCUUGAAGUUGGCUGUGUCUUACAAGAUCAGGUUCCCGUGAUUAGAAGGUUUACUGGGGGAGGUACUGUUAUUGUUGACAGUGGGACUAUUUUUGUCACCUUAAUAUGCAACAAGGAUGCUGUUCCUGGUGUGCAACCAUAUCCCCGUUCUGUCAUGUCUUGGAGUGGUCUGUUGUAUAAUGAAGUGUUUCAAGGGACUGCUGAUUUUCAAUUACGUGAGAAUGUUUGGUGGAAAUGCUCAGUCUAUUACCAAAAAUCGAUGGAUACACCACACCUCUUUUCUGUGGGAUUAUGAAGUGAGGAACAUGGCCUACCUUAAACAACCUGCAAGGGCUCCCAAGUACAGAUUGGCACGAGACCACACAGAAUUUAUCUGCCGAAUGAAGGAUUACAUGCCUAGAUCAAUUUUCAUCGAGAAGACUGUU